AUGACAGCAAAUGAUAUGCAUGCUAAAUAUCCUAAUAAACAACCAACGAGGGUAUGGGAUCCUUUGAGGAUAGAGUAUCCAGUAAGGAAGUUCCCUGGUGCAGGCGAGACUAGCGUCACUAUAGGACAUGAAUGGAGAGCAGUACCCGAGGUUUCAAAGAGUUUGAAAAUCCCUCUCGACGAAAUCAAACGAUACUAUCGAGAUUAUACCGUCAGUAUGGAUUUGAUGCGUUCACAAUCCACAAAGGACUUCGGCGUCAAACAUCCAGAAACUAAGAAAUUCAACAAGCAUACUUCGAGCACUGAGAAUCUCUACAUUUACCCACCAAACAAAAGGAUUACAGAUCAACCACCACUUCAAGGAGUGUACGGCAGCACAGAAAUGAGGAGCGCGUACAAAGUACCCACUACACCGGCCAGAUUGGUCACUGACAAAGACCAGUUCAAACAUCCUGCUAGUUUGCCUCUCGACCCACCCUUUAUCGAACCAAGUUUUCACAAAGAGAUAGAGCCUUUGGACACGACGCAUGAGGGUUUCCAGAUAUACUUGGACCCUUACUUGACAACCAACAGGCUUCAUCAUCGGCCAUACACGGCGGAACAGCUCAGCAGACCAUCUAAUACGAGAGACAUCGUCACUUAUUAUACGCUUUCUGAUACUCCUAUGGUUCGAACACCAAAAACCAAGCAUGAAGAAUGGCGGCUACCUCUGAGUAGGCCUAAGUCAAUGUAUGACCGAGAGAAAUUCAAACAAGACUUCAGGGAAAUUAGAACUCACAAUAGACAUAAAUGGGUGCCAGGGGCCUUUCGGACCGAAGUAAAGGAUAACUACACACCUAUCACAACAAGACCUGAUUCCCGAAUCCAUAAUUCAGAAGCAGAAGUCAGAUCUAUGUACCAAAGGGCUUUAGCUGAUUUGCCUACAAAUAUAGAUGUUGAAUAUUCAGCUUAUCUGCAGGAUUAUAGAACUGAGAAUUCUACAGUCGGUUCUGGGAAACCGCUCUGUACAAUUAUUGACCAGUAUCCAGAAAUGAACAAAAGAUUAGAAAUAAGGGAGAGAAAUAUUAGAAGUAAGUUUCAAAAGGCGUAA